CGUGGUUUUGACGCUAUCCAUGUAAUUAAAAUGUUUCGACAGACCCCAGGAGGUCUAAUACUCCUGCGUGGGAAGCCGUGCUACGGUAAUUCAACUCCAACUCAACUCCGAUAAGUGGCCUAAAUAUGACUUAUCCCUCUUGCCCUCCAUUCUCCCACCCCCAUGGGUGGGAGAGGUUAUUACUGAAGUGACAGACUCCCCAGUCACUCGGGCUGUCAUUCGCACUGCCAACAUGACAAUGAUCGUCGAAUGUUCGCCGCAGGCCGACAAUGUUUUUGGUCCCACAGUUGUCUCUUGCAGAGAAGGGUUCGACUUCACAUUGCUCUUCGAGCAAACUGUUUUGUCUAUUUUGCCACUUGCGGCGUUCUUCUGUGCAUCUCUCUACCGCUUCGUUGGACUCUCACGUCAAAGACGAAAGACUUUGCCAAGUUCAGGAAUUGGUCUCAAGUCCUUGAAGAUUUUGGUGACCUUAUGUUUUGGAUGCUCGCAAUUAAUUUUGAUCAUUUUGUGGGUGGGAGCAGGCACACACCCUGUCCGGAGCUCUUUUGCCGCGACAGCUCUCUCAAUUGCAGGAUCAAUCGUACUGGCAUUGCUCUCCUUCUUGGAGCAUGACCGUUCAAUCCGGCCCUCAUUCAUUAUUAGUGUCUAUCUUUCUUUUUCCAUCCUAUUUGACCUCAGCCAAACGCGUACGUUGUGGCUGCGAGCCGGCGAUAUCCCAGUAGCUUCUGCUUUUACAACGGGGGUUGUUUUGAAGAUACUCAUUCUGGUACUUGAGGCGGUGGAAAAACGGAAAUACUUACAACACCCCUAUAGAAGCUAUUCGCCUGAAGCACUUGCUGGCAUAAUCAAUCGCAGUGUAUUCUGGUGGCUCAACCCGCUAUUCUUUAAAGGCUCAUCCAAUUUCCUCAAAGAUAAUGACCUCUUUCCGAUCGAUCCUUCGCUAUGCAGUGAGGAUCUGCUUUCUCAUAGGUUCACUAAAACCUGGUCUUCUUGGAAAUCAUCGGGAAAGCAUGCUUUGCUCUACGCCACCGCCGUUUGCUUUCGACGCCCUUUCAUAUUGAUAGUCUUUCCACGUCUCUGCCAAUCUGCGUUCAAAUUUGCUCAACCUCUAUUGAUCAAUCGAGCUGUAGCUUUGAUGGCGGAGCCCAAUUCUGAUCAAAAAACCAACGUGGGUCGAGCGCUUAUCGGAGCCACAGCAUUGAUAUACAUCGGGAUUGCUCUCAGUACCGCGCAAUACCAACACAAAGUAUACCGAUGUAUGACAAUGGUCCGCGGAGGAUUGGUUUCUAUCAUCUAUGACACGACCCUCUCUCUCGAUGCCAAAACUGCCUCCGAGGCUGCUGCGGUCACGCUAAUGAGUACGGAUAUUGAUCGCGUUGUAGCCGGCAUUGAAGAGUUUGAUGCCCUUUGGGCGGGCCCUAUCGAGGUCGGCAUCGCAAUUUACCUUCUAGCCAGACAGCUUGGUUUAGCUUGUCUCGUGCCCGUUAUCAUUACUGCCUUGAGUACUGGCGCCGUGUUUAGCAUUGGGAAAGUUUCCACUAGUUCACAAAAGAUUUGGACAGCAGCCGGUCAAGUGCGUAUUUCUGCCACUGCAGCUGCUGUCUCUCACAUUAAAGGAAUCAAAAUGUCUGGACUGACGGAAAGGGUGGCAAAUGACCUCCAGACACGCAGGGUAGAGGAAGUCAACUUGUCGAAAAAGGCCCGCCGUCUCAGAACCGCUACGAAUGGCAUUGCAAAUUUCUCCUCAAUUGCUGCCCCUGCUUUAACAUUCAUCGUAUACAUGUUGAUGGUCCAGGCUAAUGGGGCACACUUUGAUCCCACCAUUGCAUUUACAUCACUUUCGCUUAUUGUCCUCAUCAGCAGUCCUAUCGGUAAUUUUGUCUUUGCCUAUUCACAGUUUACUGCUGGUCUAGGUUGCCUUGAUCGCAUUCAGACCUAUCUCCAUUCACACGUUCACCGCGAUGAUCGUCUUAAACAUGCUCCGUCAGAACAGAAACACUCCAUGGCUGAUUGUGACAGAACUUAUUCGCCCGGCCAAGCCAUUGAGUUGGAACAAAUACGCGCCCAAAAGGCUGCUUCAAAGCUUGGAGAUACUGAAAGUCUCAUAAGGGUCGAAAACGCCGACUUUUCCUUCGUCCUUGGCGAACCUCCUGUUCUGCAUGAUGUUUCCAUCUCUAUCAAUCCAGGUACCUUGACUAUAUUGUCUGGUCCCGUUGGAAGUGGGAAGUCAUCAUUGCUCUUGGCGCUUCUGGGAGAGAGUUUUACCACUAAAGGCUUUAUACACACGUCUGCACAUGUGGAAAUCGGAUACUGCGCGCAGGAUCCGUGGCUGCCCGAUCUUCCUAUUCGUGAUAUUAUUCUAGGUCCAUCACCGUUUGAGGAGGGUUGGUAUUCUACAGUUAUUCGUGCAUGUGUGUUAGAUCAAGAUCUCGCCAAGUUACGGCGUGGCGAUCAGACGGUAGUAGGAAGCAAAGGCACAAGCUUGAGCGGUGGUCAGAGGCAGCGAGUCAGCCUAGCAAGAUCUUUAUAUUCUAGAAAGAAUUUCCUGCUUCUAGAUGACGUCUUGAGCGGGCUGGAUGCAUCCACUGAGCAUUCUAUUGCACAAAACGUCUUCGGCCAGGAAGGUCUCUGUAAAAAGCAUGGUAUCACAGUGCUCUUGGCAACUCAUUCAGUACACUUUCACCGUAUUGCAGACAAAGCCAUAAUCCUUUGUUCGGACGGCACCAUUGCUGAACAGGAUUCAGCCUGCGACCUUGCCAAACUGGACGGUUGGGAGGCUGGCUCUCUUCCGCAAAUGGCUGCUGAGACGGAAAUGGGUGCCUUUAAGACAAGCGCUUUUGCGUUGCAAAGUCGACUUUCCGAAGAAGACUCCGAGGAGAAUGUACUCAAUUUUGCGAGGCGAAAUGGAGACUUCAGUCUCUAUUUCCAUUUCUUCCAGGCUGUUGGUUGGCCUUUGAUGACAAGCUUCUUCGUGCUUACGCUAGCGGCCACCUUUGGAAUGAAAUUUCCCGACCUCUGGCUCAGGUGGUUCUCUGAAGCGGAGGCCUCCCAUGCCGGAGAACAUACGGGCAUGUAUCUCGGUGUAUAUGGAGCGCUCUCCGCCAUUGGGCUACUGGCAAUACUUGGAUGUAUAUACACAUUCAUUGUUAUGGCUGUGCCCCGUGCCUCUGCGCACCUUCAUGCCACUGUCCUCACUGCGACCGUUCGAGCUCCUUACUCAUUUUUCGUUUCGACUAACCUGGGCACUAUCGUCAAUCACUUCAGUCAAGAUAUGGCGCUCAUCGAUAUGCAGCUUCCGACUGCUUUUAUCAGGACGAGUCUAGCCCUCACAACAUGCGUGUUUACAGCGGCACUCAUCGUUGCUGGAUCGAAAUGGGCGGCCAUGUUGCUUCCUCCUGUUCUCGGCAUAUUAUAUGUCUUGCAAAAGUAUUAUCUUCGUACCUCCAGGCAGCUUCGUCUUCUUGAUCUAGAAGCCAGAUCUCCGCUAUACAACCACUUUCUUGAGACUUUGCAAGGACUUACCACUCUUCGUGCUUUUGGUUGGGAAAAAGACUCAAGAAGGCAUAACAAAGAGCUGCUGGAUCGUUCACAAAAGCCUUAUUAUCUUCUUUAUUGUAUCCAACGAUGGCUCACCCUCGUUCUGGACAUGACUGUGGCCGUUUUUGCAGUCACUGUCAUGGCGCUGGCAACAGAAGUCGGCGGCAAAUCAACUGGUGGGGCGCUUGGUGUUUCUCUCAUCAACGUCCUUUCUUUCAGCGGAGCGUUAGCUUUGUUGAUCCAGUCGUGGACAGAGCUGGAGACUUCAAUAGGCGCCGUUGCAAGAGUGAAGACAUUUGAGAAAGAAACUCCAUGCGAGCACUUGGAAGCUGAAAAGGAAACUGUCCCCCCAGGCUGGCCCAUGCAAGGCUCCAUUCAAUUGAACAAUGUCACGGCGGCAUACAGGGCCGGAGCCGCUCCGGUGUUACGGAACUUGUCUAUCGCUAUUGCUCCGGGCCAAAAGGUCGGCAUAUGUGGGCGGACAGGAAGUGGCAAGAGCUCUCUCCUGCUGACCCUACUACGUCUCACCGAGAUUAUCGAUGGUCAAGUCUGCAUCGAUGGCCUCGAUCUCUCACGCAUUCCUCGCGAAAUCAUUCGCCAGAAGUUGACCGUCAUGCCGCAGGAUCCUCUAUUUUUACCGGGCACCGUCCGCUACAAUGCAGAUCCUUCCUCGACACAGGCCGACGCGACCAUUGUAGAGGCUCUUCAAAAGGUGGGUCUUUGGGAUGUGCUCUCCACGCGCGGAGGACUAGAUGCCAACGUCGAUGUGGAAUCUCUUUCUCGCGGCCAGCAGCAGCUCUUUUGUCUGGCUCGUGCGCUCUUACAGCAACCUCGCGUGCUUAUUCUCGACGAAGCGACAUCGAGCGUGGACCGCGAAACUGAGAGCAAGAUGAUGGAAGUGAUUGCAGAGAAUUGCAAGGGCAUCACUGUUCUUGCUGUGGCCCAUCGCUUGACGACUAUCCAAGACUUUGAUCAUGUCCUUGUGCUUGGCCAAGGCGAACUGCUUGAACAGGGAUCGCCGCAGAAGCUCGCAAGCCAGGAAGACAGCAAGUUUUACGAAUUGUUGCACAGUCGGAACUUGUAGCAUUUCUAGAAUUGAUAUUAUUCUCCUCUUGGAAAACGGGUUGCAUUUCGUUCACACGAGUAUAAGUUAUAUAUAUAUAUAUAUAUAUAUAUAUAUAUAUUUUUUUUUUCUUCUAUUCUUUUUU